ACUAAAGCCUGACUGCUGACAGAAACGCACAUUCACUCAGAGAACACAGAAGCUGUUUCACUCUUCCUCUGCUCCAUUUUACCAAAGCUGAAGCGACAUCUAUAAGACCUGAACUUAUCAGAAUCUUGCGAACGUCCUGGGAACGUCUGUAGCUGACAAGUUGUUGGAAAGCAAAUAUGUCUCUGCCAUUGUCCUUGCUGAUAUGUCUGUCAGUCUUCCAGCUAUGUUUGGGAACAUCACCUGUGGAGAAAAUCAUUACAGCCGAAAAAGUGAAUCUUUUAGGGAGUUGGCAUGAAAAAAGUCCUGAGUCAAAAGAUGUUCAGAGGGCGGCUCACCAUGCUGUGGAAACGUUCAACAAAAAUUCAAAGUACCAGAUGUUGUUCAAACUGGUAUCAAUUCAGAGUGCUAAAUCCCAGGUAACCAAUAUGAUCAACUUUAAAAUCAUUGCACUCCUCGGAAAGACCAAAUGCCCUAAGACAAAAAACCAUGACUUGAAAAGUUGCAUUUUGGACAAAGGGCAACUAAAGUGCCACCUUGUUGUGACUUUAGAACCCGGCAGCGAGAAGUAUGACCUUAAAACCAAUAAAUGCCACAAAGUUGUAAAGAAUGGUUAAUUCCUUUUGACAGUGUCAAGAUAACCUGAGAUCAUCCCAUCAUUCCCAAGCUGGAGUUUUCAAGUUAACAGUAACAAUACAUAAAGUUACAUUUAAAAUUAAUGACACAAAGUAGUAUCUAUACCCAAAACUUCAAAAAAAUCAGCGUGUGUUUAUUUUUUCCCAUGCAAGUUUUACUUUGAAAUUAUGUUUCUUUUUUAAUUUAAUCAUAAGAAAUCAUAGUCAAGCAGAGAGAGAGGGAGAGUUGCCAAGCCAUGAAACAGGAACAGCAGGCUUCCUGAUAAGAUGAAGUAAGCUUGAAGAUUUAUAAAAACAGUUGAGACUAUUCCUUAUUUCACUGCAAGAAUGUUUUAAAGAUUGAAGUCUAAACAUAAUGAGUAAUUUGAGAAAACUUAAAGCAAAAUGCUUAUUUUAAUGAACAACUUUGGUUUCAAACAAUAAAAAUAACGUAUGAUUCCUGUUUUCUUUUCAGAAUAACACCUAUAAUGAGUAACUAAUAAUACAUGGUUAUUAUAGUAUUAUAAAUGACUGUGAAAUCAGAAGCUAAAGAGGUUAGAGAUGUGAUUUUGAUAAUGAACUUGAAAUGAUGUAAAGUGUGUAACUGUAAUUAAAGAGCACUGAUGUUGUGUUGGAGGUUGAUAGUAGAUGAAGGAUUAGGGAAAAGAGGAAAUAAAAGGAGAGCAGAGAUGAGCAACACCUCAGAAUUAGCUGAUUUUGAUUUUGAUUGUGCAACUCAAACUGUUAGAAUAAAAAGAUUGUGCAGAUAAAGGGUUUAGGGUGACUUUUGACCAAGACCAGGACAUGAACACAGACAUCAGGUCAUAAUGUCUCUAAGACAAUGAUGGACAUGAGAUCAUCUAUUCAAGCAAAAAGCCAAUAAAACAAGCCUGGCAACAGUGCCAACCAAUGCAAGUGUAUCUAAAGGGUGGAGAAACGCUAUCAAAGGUCAAGACAAGAAGCUGAGGACCUCAACAUCAACCUAAGAUCCAGGAGCUGCAGGUCUAAGUCAGUACUCUUCCUGCCAGCACCCAAGGCCAGUGUGACCUCACAUCUAUGCAGAGAUGAAAGUUCAUCAGACCUGCCUGCCCUCAUCGAUCACUGCUGUGAGUCUCCUCCUGGUGAAACACAUUCUCCAUCAUUAGGCCAGUUCUGGGGUUCAAAAUUCCACACACCAUCCAUCUCUUCAAGUGUUCCCUUUUUAGUUCAAAGUGUCAGCUUUAGGGAAAGAUAGGAUAGAUAUGAUGAUUGAUUUUUUCUGAUUUAAUUAUUUCUGCAACUGCAUUAAGCUGUACUGACCCUGUAUUUACUGUAUUAACAAAUUGCUUUACUAAUAAAAUAUUUAGCAUAAAGAAAAAGCUGAAAGA